AUGCAUUUAACAUGUUUCUCGGGUUCAAUCAUUAUCGGAGCUCUUAACGUUUUAGACUUUUUACGUUCCAUUGGAGUUAUAGAAAGAUUUAAUAAUAAUAUAUUAUGUCUUCAUUUCAUCGGUACUUCAAUGACCGCUAUCCUUUCAUGUUACGUUUUACUUCAAGUGGGAACUAAUUUCUAUCAGGAAUAUAACAUCGUGAAAACAAUAUUAAUAUAUGCACCUAUCGUUGUUACUUUUGGUGUCUUUGGAUUUUCAGUAUAUACCGCAAUACAAUUAGUACUAAGUGAAUUAUCACAUCCAGAUUAUAUAUUUGAAAAAAUUACUUUAGGAUUUAGUCUUCUUGCAGCAUUUUUGACAUUUUUAUAUACUGUUUUUCCUCUAUAUAAUAUUCGAUGUUUGAUUCAACCACCAAGAAUAUUAGUGAAGAAAAUUAAGAGAAAAUUUUUGGGAGUAGAAGAAAUGAUUAUUGGUGGAGAUUAUCGACCAGACAUGUUACCGAAAAAUUAUGAGGAUACGAUACCUGGACCUAAAAUAUUACAUCCUUUGAUUAUUACAAAUCCUCUUACAAACCCUGAAACGGAAACGUUUAAUACAAAUUCAAAUUCUCCUAAAUAUUGGAAACCACCUUCAAAACGAAGUAACACUACACCAAUUAACUCGGUGUUCGGUAAUGGUCGUGUAAGUACAAGACCACCGCAACCUCCAAAAAGAAAUCAUACUACUCCACUGAAAAAAUAA